AUGACCGGGCGAAUGCAGAACCAGGCUGAAGGGUCAGCGCCUGCGGCAAUCACCACAACAGACAUCUCCAUAUUGGAGAAGAGGCAUGGUGUUUCUGUUGAAGAAAAAGCCGGGCCCGAGUCUGACACGGACACCAAGCGAAGCGCGACCGAUGACGAAGUUGCCAACCUGGCUCAAACAGCCGACAGUCUCCCUCUAGCCGUCAUUAUUGUUAUCAUCAUUGGUGGCACUGAGAGGUUCGCAUAUUAUGCAUUGUCAGGACCUUGGCAGAACUACAUCCAGAACCCCCCUGGUGACUACGCGCUCCCGGGUGCUCUUGGCCUUGGUCAGGCAACAGCAACAGCAAUCAACAAUGCAUACCGCUUCCUCAGCUUCCUCACGCCUCUGAUAGUCGGUGUUCUGUCAGACACCUGGCUAGGGCGCUACAAGGCACUCCUUUGGAGCAUGAUAGUCUACGCAUGCGGUGGUUUGAUCCUGCUCCUAACUUCCUUACCCAUCGCUCUUGACCACGGUGCUGGUCCGGCAGGGCUCGGUGUGUCAAUGAUUCUAAUAGCCUGCGGUGUUGGAGGAGUAAAGGCUACUUUUCCCAUAUUUUUAGGUUUAUACACAGUAUCUCACUUUCGGAUAAUUAGGGUUACCAAUCUUUCUUCGCUCUCAAUAAUCCCAGCUACAUUCCUUGAAAGCAAAUUUGGGUUCUGGCCGGCGUAUCUCCUUGGCUUCGGUGCCUUGCUGAUUUCGAUUGCAAUAUUAUGUGGUCUCUCACCUAAGCUUGUCAAGGUCCCAAAGGGAACCAAUAUCAUUCUCUCCGCUGGAAAAGUUUUAGGAUGUGCAAUCAAGAGCGGCUUCCGCUUGGACAACACGAAGGCCGAUUAUCAGGCUUCCCACUACAACAGGAGCGUAUCUUGGACGGAUGAGUUUGUGGACGAGAUCAAAGUCACACUCCGGACUUGCAGAGUUCUCCUUUCCAUGGCAGUUUUCACGCUCUGUAUGGGCCAGAUGUUGAAUAAUCUGGUUUCCCAGGCCGGUCAAAUGGAGCUUCAUGGCGUACCGAAUGACAUGAUUCAAGCUCUGAGCGGCAUCGCCGUUGUGUUGCUUGGUCCCGUCAUCCAAGGCAUAAUGUCGCUUCUAGCAACACGACGGAUUCUUCUGGGUCCCAUUGUACGAAUGGCCAUCUCCUUUAUUUUCACCGCCGCGGGAAUGGCUUUUGCCGGAGGCGUCCAGCAACUCAUUUAUUCCGCUCCUCCAUGUUACAACGCGCCUCUUGCCUGUGCCGAAUCCAUGGGUGGUACGAUUCCGAACAAGAUUAAUGUCUGGGUGCAAACUCCGAUACAUUUCAUACUGGCAAGUGGAGAGAUACUUGGCUAUGUUGCAAUGGACGAGGUUUCGUAUACCAAUUCCCCGCAAGGCCUCAAAUCAGUGGUACAGGCGUUCAAGCAGUUGUCCAACUGCCUAGGGAGUAUUCUUGGAUUGGCCCUAAGCCCGGUAUCCCGAGACCCGUACCUUGUGGUGCUGUACUCCUCGCUGGCUGGCGCAAUGGUAUUGAUAACGGGCAUUUUUUGGUAUUACUUUGGAAAGUAUGAUCGUCCUAAGAGAGUGGAAGAGUCACCAUUGGAUACGACGGAGGAGAACGAGGCGAAAGAAUGA